AUGACACCCCCUGUUGCGACCUCUUCAUACACAUUGGACUCGGAACCUGCUUCACCUGUGGAUGCAUCCCAGAAGUCCCUUCCUGCUCAAUGGUAUCCUUGCUGCUCAAUCCACUUGAUAUACAGAAUCUACCACAUCGAACGCCGCGCCAUUUUCUCUAAACUCUGGAUGUUAUCCACUCAUACCUCACGAUUCCAAAAGCCAGGGGACUAUCUCAAACUCGAACUUGCGGGGUAUAGCUAUUUUGUUAUCCUCACCAAAGAAGGAAACUAUCCUUGGGAUUAUGAGUAUGCAUAUAGCUGGACCGUGACCGGCGCAUACAACUGGAAGACACUCAUGGAUGGAUACCAAGAAUGCUACCACUGCAAUAUUGCUCAUCCAGGCUUUGCCAAAUCUCUCUCCCUUGAUACCUACAAAGUAACUCCUAAGACGAACUUUGCGCGCCACACUGCCGACAAUAAUUCUAAACCAAACGCGAUUCAACCCAAGGGCGCUGGCCAAGAUGAUGCCCCACCAACAUUUACCUUUGUCUUCCCUGCAUGUGGGUCACUGUUACGGAUGUCAUGUGGUAUAUACCAGGAUGCGUGUGGUUCCUCUGAGUGCUACACAACCAAAAUGGAAUAUGAUGUGUUCAAGAGAAAAACUGUGUCUAUGGAACGCUUGAAGGAGUAUAUGGAGUUUUAUGAGCAGGUCGAAGAGGAAGAUUACUUGCUAUGUGUAGCUACCCAACGAAAUCUCAAUACGGGUAUCUACAGCCGCGGUGUGCUCCACCCGAGCAAUGAGAACGGAGUACUAUAUUAUCAAGCUCGCGUCAAGGAAUAUGUUGAGGAGCAUCUAGCACUUGAGAAGAGGCUUGGGCACGAAUGGAAUCCCGCAACGCCCAGGUCUCAAUGCGAGGAUAAAAAUCCCAAGGGAUGCGGGGGUGAAAGCAUCGACUCCGUUUGCACGAGCUUGGGUCCCGAAAUGACAUGGUGA